AUGAUAGUUAUGCAUUUAAUGGCAUUACAUUUAAAUGGAUCAUCUAAUCCAUUAGGUAUAACAGGUAAUAUUGAUAGAUUACCUAUGCAUCCUUAUUUCAUAUUUAAAGAUUUAAUAACAGUAUUUGUAUUCAUUUUAAUAUUUAGUUUAUUUGUAUUCUUCUCUCCUAAUACAUUAGGUCAUUCUGAUAACUAUAUUCCUGGUAACCCUAUGGUUACUCCAGCUUCUAUUGUUCCAGAGUGGUAUGCCUAUAAAGAUGCCACUUAA